GGUUGCUCUGUGGGUCCAGAGAGACACUGAGAGGAGCAGUCAUGACCUGCCAGGCCUUCAGCAGCACGGACUCCUUCACCACGCUGGGCGGAGACUCGGCCCUGCCACUGCUGAUGCACCACGCUGGAGCUGCUGACUGCCUGUCCGUCACCAGCCACCCCAGCAACAUGGUGCAGCCAGUUCCCCCGGGUCUGCCCCUCGUCCAGUCGUCCAAGCGCUCCCACAUGCAUCUGUCCACGUCUGCCCUCAGCAACGCAUCGGCCGGCCUGCACUACUCAAUGCCCCCAUGUCACUAUAGCAACCAGCAGACCACCUACGGCAUGAUGGCAGCACAGGAAAUGCUUUCAGCCAGCAUUUCCCAAACCCGCAUCCUGCAGACCUGCGGUGUUCCUCAUCCCAAUAUGGUCAAUGGAGCCAAUUCACUGCAAGGUGCUUUGGCUCCCUGCCUGUAUAAGUUCCCAGAGCAUGGUCUGGGUGGAGGCUCCUGCACUCUGCCCCACAGCUUCCCCCAACUGCCACAGGCCCUGUUCACGGAGGAGCCCAGCCUGGGGGACAUAAAGCAGGAGCUGCGCAGGAAGAGCCGCCCCCCAGAGGAGCCCCCCGACAUGGAUUCACCCCAGAUCCGAGAGCUGGAGAAGUUUGCCAAUGACUUCAAGCUGAGGAGGAUAAAACUGGGUUACACUCAGACUAAUGUCGGCGAGGCUUUGGCGGCUGUACAUGGCUCGGAGUUCAGUCAGACCACCAUCUGCCGCUUUGAGAACCUUCAGCUCAGUUUCAAAAAUGCUUGCAAGCUCAAGUCUAUCUUGGCCAAGUGGCUGGAGGAGGCUGAGCAAGCUGGAGCUCUGUAUAAUGAGAAAAUGGGGAUGCAAGAACGCAAAAGAAAGAGAAGAACAACCAUCAGUCUGGGGGCUAAGGAGGCGCUGGAGAGGAACUUUGUGGAGAAGAGUAAGCCAUCGUCACAGGAGAUCGUUCGCAUGGCAGAGGGGCUUCACUUGGAAAAGGAGGUGGUGCGGGUUUGGUUCUGUAAUCGCAGGCAGAGGGAGAAGAGGGUAAAAACCAGUCUGCACCACAGCUCACUAAUGACCAAAGAAAGUUCAGCCUGCAGGUAGAGCUGCUGAAUUUUCAUUUAAAGCAGUGUCCUGAGACUGUUCUGAUCAGUGCCUUUACCUCCUGAAACCACAGACAAUUGCAGGUACAGUUCUAAGAUGCUGGGCUUAUACAAGUUAUGUAACUUUAUGGUUUUCAAUUCCGUCUUUUUCGCAAUACAAGGUGCAGUAAAAAUCGUUUAAUUUUCCUUUAAAAAAUGCAGUAAAGCCACUCCACUGAAGUACAGGGUUAUACAAGAGUUUCAAUUUAGUUCUCCUUCACCGAGGCUGAAGCAGUAUUAGCAUUACCGCUAACCGCAGCGCUAGCUCUUUCUCUGUUCAGAAGUGAGUAUAUCAGCCUGUAGUCUUUUUGUUUACCGUGUUAAAACAAGCUAAUCGCUAGCUGAUAGCACCUUGACUUACAGGAAAAGUUAGAGUUCCUCAGUGUAAUGCUGUCAGGUGGCCACUGCUAAUCUCGGCUAGCCUAGUCCUAGUUCCUCAGUGGGUGGUGCUCCCUGAAUGUAUGAUUAGAACUAAUGCAUCUUACAACAGGAAGAUAAUCUGUAAACUAUGUAAUAAUAUUCCACAUGCCUUUUCCUUUUUUUCUCUGAUAUUGUCUGAAUUGUUUUUAUUCUGAAUGUUAUUUACACUACAGUAUAUGUCCAAACAUGUUGGACAUGCUUGUAGAAAGCAUUCAGCUACUUCAGGGUGCAUCCAUUAUUGAAAUCAUAUCACAGGUGUGCAAACGCAAAAUACUUAUGAUUCAGGAAGAAACGAUGAAUGAGCAGAUGUCCCAAUAAUUUUGUCUAUAUUAAGUAUUUGUCCAUAUUAUAUAAUAUUUUGUGGAAUCAUUUUUACUAUAUGCCUGCAAGUGCCUAAAUGUGCCUAAUGUUUCAAAUGUAUUCAAAAUUAAUAUAUUCAUAUCAGAAUUUAGCAAUAAAUUGUAAUAUAUUAAGUCACAAUAAAGUGAUGUUGUUAAAA